UUACCAUUAACCCCUGGGUUCAACACCUGAACGACUAGCCCAGUUUCUUGGUGCUCCUCCAUGACGAGCUCGUCCUCGUCUCAUUCAGCAAUUUGCUCGCACCUCAACAAGCAACAGCACCACCGAUCAAAUAUGUAUCCCCCGUCGUCGCCGUCUCGCAUGGUCCUGGUCCUCUGUGGCUACUUUCAUCGGGUUUCGACGAAAUGAGGCGUGAUUCUCGUCCGGCUGUAGAAUUGUUGAGUUCAAUCUUCGGGAAACUCUAUCCGAAGGACGAGAAUUUGCCCAAGCGGAUCCUCUUUGUCUCGGCACACUUCGAGUCCAACAGCUACGGAUUCGAGAUCGCCCACCCAGACAUGGUCUACGACUACUGCGGCUUCCCUACGAUAUCGUAUACCCUGCUAAGGGAACAGCUCGAGAACAACAAGAUCAAAGCUAAGCUCGUGUACCGCGGGUACGACCACGGCGUAUUCGUGCCGAUGAAGCUGAUUCUUCCCCAAGCAGACAUCCCAAUCGUCACCAUGUCGAUCAACUCGUACUUAACCAACCAAGAUCACUUCAAUCUGGGCAAGACAGUGACCUCGUUUCGUGAUGAAGACACCUUGAUUCCGUGCUCUGGCCAAUCAACCCACAAUUUGCGAGGUCUCCACUAG